AUGACAAGAUUCGAUGGCGGUCUCGACCACGUGGCUAAUUCAAAGGGCUCUCCUCAGGGCCCAGCUGCGCAUCACCGCCUUUACGAUCCUGCUAACAGCCCUCCUUCCAUUACCAUACGUCACUGUUUACUGCGUCACGCCGCUUCCGCCGGGUUAGUAUUUAUUUAUGGGACUCUUCAGAUCUGGAUGGCAGUGGAAUGGGUCGAUAGCGAAUCUACUGUCUAUCUACUGGAAGUAAUCACUCGCUCCAUAACUAUAGGAAAAAGGAAGAAAAAAAAAGGGACGGAAUCCCGUACUAUGACGAAGAUAGGAACCAGGACGGAUGAUUGGAUUGCAUUGAUCGUGGGGGUGCGUCUUCUCAGGAGGGGGGGGGGGGACAUUGUAGAGGAUCAAUUGAGAAAUAUUGGCAGUAAGAUGGCUCAUGACGGAUUGGCGUCGAGAGUCACUGAAUCAGGGAGCUCAGGAAGAGGAGGGAUGGAAGAGCAAUCUUAA